AUGACAGACACAUUGAAGGAUGCCCUACGCCCUUUGGCUUGCAAGUGGGUAAAGUGCUCUGCAACACUUUCAAGCUGGAGGCUCUUGUAUCAGCACUACAAAAAGGUACAUAUCCCUUCCUCUGGGUCCAAUCAGCCUUAUGAGUGUUGUAUAAAAGAAAAUCAGCGUGGGCGGCUAUGCAACACAGGCUUUGAUACAUAUGAAGGUCUAUGGAGCCACAUCAAGUCUGUCCAUCUGAGCAAGGUCCUUUAUCAAUGCCCAUUUAAUGUGUGCAAAGUUAAUCUAAGGCAGCUUGAAACUGGCACCCAUGACAUCCAAGACCAUCUCAAUGAACACCAACAACUGGGAGAGAACAUUGUUUCAGUCACUCCUAGACAUCUACCCAGUGUUCCUCUCUCUCCUCUGCCUCAAGAGCUCUCUUUUAGGUUGAUUGCAGCACAUUUUCCACAGCCUAAAUCAUUGCCCAGUGUUAUACUUGCAUUUAGGGAUAUGGUGGUUCAUAGCUCUUAUGAGAAGGAUUCAUAUCUUUUUGGGCCAUUGAUCACUGAUUCUUGCAUUGAGGAGGAGGAAGAUAAUGGUGCUUCUAGCAUCAAACCAAGAAGAAGAAGACUCACUGGAUCUUUAGGAAGGCCACAGCCUUUCAGAGCCAUACCUGAGCUUGAAGCACCCCCUCUCCUCCAGAUCCCCUAUCCUCCUAGGCAUCUAACUGCAUCUGUGGGGUUUGACUCACCAGGCUUUCAUCAGAAAGCUUAUUCUGCAUUCCAAAGGGCAGAGCUUGAAGAUAUGGAUGUAGAUGAGGCAUGA